UUGGUUUCAUACAGGAAGUUCUGGAGUUGGACAAACAGACCUUAAUAAGGCAGCACCCAACAACUUCACCUGCAACAGGCAAGAGAAGAACACCUUCCAGCUUGUGAAGUUAACUUUUCUACCUGCUUCUGCAUGGAAUGAACCGGUGAUACCAUCUAUGGAUCAAAACCUGCAUUAUAGCACCUCUUAUUGAACAGAGCGAUGCAGACCAUACAGAUGCCCCUCAAGUCACCAGCUACUCACCACAACAACAGCUCAACAAUGUGGGCCAUCAUAGAGCACUGGGAGGGGAAAGACAGCUGCCGUGUGGACAACACUCAGAAGUAUCUGUUCAUCAUGCUCUUCAAAGUUGGCCUGGAUACACUGGUCCUGACGCUCUUCAGGCGUAACUUGUAUACUUUCUUCAUGAAUGUCUUCAGCUACUCGCUUGUCCUGGUUGACCUUGCAUUAUUUUUGGCUAUAACAAUGGUAUGGUUCCUCGGGCCUGGUCAGUCCCCUGUGUCGGUGUGUUUUGUGCUGGCACAUGGCUCGGAUAUGUAUGCAGCGCUGCCUCUGCCUGUGUUGAUACUGGGACUUCUAAACUACUUAUUUGAGCUAGGUAACCGUACCUGCCAUGGUUCACUACACAGUGGCCUGCGGAAUGUUUUUUUGACCCUAGUAGUGUGGGCCAUGGCUUGCCUUUGGUCUUUCCACUCAACAAACAUAGAUAUGAUAGAGAUUGAGUAUGAGGUAGGAAAGCAUGCACAAGUAUGUAAAAUGCAGGACUCAACUUCAAUGUCCUUUUUCUUUGCAGGCAUUUCCAUGGCCAUCUGUUUUGUGUUGCUGCCCUUCUGCUCAAGGCUGCCCAUGUGGCUCAGGGAAGCCAAUAGAUUGUCUGUUCAGGACAGCUCUGCAACUCUGAAGAGUGACUUAUACUUCAGCAAGACCUUGUUUAAUGGGCAGAGAAGUGAUGAGAAGCAUACACUGGUGGUGGAGACUGGCCAGGAAGUUCCUCCCCUUUAUGUCAGCCUUAUGUUGUGUUUUACUGUUACAUGGAUGCCUUUCAUAGUCAUAUCACUUCUCUGUACAGUCAUGGGGUUUGCAGUACCUUCCUACAUCACUGUCAAUACGCUUUGGGUGGAGUGUGCCAACAGUCUGCUGAUGGGGAUUGUAUUUUGGUUGAAGAGUGACAAUUUAGGCCCAUACAUGGAUCUUUCUGAUUAUGCUAAUCUGUAGAAAAUUUACUGGAACUUGAGUAGAGGGCCAAAACCUGCUGCAUACCAAGAUAAACUCCCCAAUGCUGUUUUCAGUCUUUCAGGUGACCCACUACUACACGUGUGAAAGAAAAAUAUACAAAAAGGGGAGAUUUUGUGAAAAUAAACAGAGGGGUAUUCGUCGUAGCUCGCUAAGCGGUUAAGCGAGCUAAUUUUCAGGCUAAGAUAAAAAAAAAAACGCCCCUCUUUUUGGUUCGUGGAAGCAACUUUCGAUAAAUCACCAUAGUAACAUAUCAAUUAGCACUAACCUGCUCCAGAGCAGGCUAACGUAAGUGUAGCUGGAUAAGCUUGCCACACCCCCGGAAAAUAACAUGGCAGCUCCAUUUUUGAGAGACCCAGUUGACCAAGGAGCUAUAUUUUAGUUCGAUUAGCUUUCCAUACCAAUAGAGUUCUUCGCGAUUGCCAAGAUCCUUUAUUUCACACGGAUGAGUUCUUGUUUGAGCGAUAUCGAUUCAGCCGACAAGGACUCAUUUAUUUGCAAGACCUUCUCGGGCUGUACAUUGCAAAUAUCACACGCUGCAGCAAGCUUUAUGCUUUAUUAUGAGCUUAUGCUGCUGUAUGUGAAUAUGUAACGCUAUGUUUUACGAAAUGUCUUGUCUUAUCUGUUGUGCCUGUGCUUUUUAUAUGUUUCACUGUGGGAAACGUCAUAUCGAUUCCUUUUUAUGGCUUGACAUGUGAAGAAAUUGACAAUAAAGCACACUAAUACUUGAAACUUUAACUGUGCUUCAGACUGCAUAGCCUUGAGGUUUUUUGCGUCAGGUAGGCUAUAGGCUACAUUUUUAUACAGUAUAGGCGAUGCAGAAAACAUUGGCAAAGCCGCAGCAUGAGUUGCUGUAAGAAAAGUGUACUUGGCGCUAACCAGCUGAUGACUCAAUUCAUCAUAUUCCCUGGCCAUGUCCCAGUCAAUGAAAUCAAAGAGGGAUUUACACAUAGGCCUACAUUCAUAUACACAUAUAUAGUACAUGAUAUAAGCGCAGUAGCCUACAUAUAUCCUCAUAAUUGUCUAUGAAUUCGUAUCAAUUAGAUACUCUUUGGCCUUGUUUUUAUCUAGCCUACUUAUUCUGAAAGAGUUGAGAUCAUUAUUUUCGCUAGCAAGAUCUCAUUCGAUUAUUAAUUUCCAUUAAGCCUAUACCAGCAGGCACAUUUAAAGAAAUGUGAUCUGAUUGAUUGGGGUAAUGAGGCACUUAAAAUGAGCCUAUACAUUUCCCCAAAACUUUCGCAUUUAGCUUAUCGGCAAUUUUUUGCCAAGCUGCUUGUCUUGCUCUGGCCGCGGUGGCGGUGUUUGACUUAGCCAUGAUAACAUGCUUAUUGUCUGGACUCAUUAUAAUAGUUUGCUCGGAUGGCGAGAAUAGCCUAUAACCGCUCUCUCUUUUGUCUUUUCCGCCAUCAUACCGUUAGAAAAUCACGGUUUUGGUGAUCGACCUUUCCUGCCUUUUGAAGUAGGACGUGCACGUGCAAUUUCCCUGAUAAGUUUAGCCUGAUUGAAAUUAACCACAUGAUUUGGAUGCGGAUCAGCCGUUGACGAACCGAUAUUUGCUGUUCUCACUCAUCUCGCUAAUGUUAACGGGCUAAAGGGACAAUUGAUUAACUUAGCUUCAACCCUUACGACGAACGGGGCCCAGGGAUGGUCCCUAAGAUAAGGCUUUAAAGCUGAAGAUGAAUAAAUUCAUAAAAUUGUUGCAACUUCAUAGUUCAACAAAAAUAUUUUUCUACACAUGAAAGGAGCAUAGUAGACUACGCUUACUCUAAAAAUAUGUUUGUCUAUUUUGAAAUAAAUCUGAUGUAAAUA